AUGCCUCCAAAAUCAAAAACCAAGACUUCAAACACCCGUGCUGCACCUGCAGCAAAGCCACAAACUGUCGCUCGUCCAGAUUGGCCAGCCCUCGCACCUGUAUCUCCAGCAUCAGAUCUCGAAUGCUCGUCUCUACUACCUGCACAGAUCUUGACCAUACCACGCCUCUUCACCUCAUCACUGAGUGUGAAAUAUGUUGCUUUCCUUCGAUCUCUACCACUCACAACAACACCCGGACGACCAAAACGUGGCGAUGCCGUUCGCGUCAAUGAUCGCUAUCAGAUCGACGAUCAAGACUUCGCUCGCCUUCUCUGGGAGCAGACUGCACUCAAAGACUUGAUUACCGCAGGAGAGAUUGACGGAGAAGUUCUCGAUGACAAGCAACGACAAGACUUGUUCGGCGGUGAGGUCCUAGGUCUCAAUCCCAAUAUCAGAAUUUAUCGCUACUCGCAAGGGCAAUUCUUCGACCAGCACUACGACGACUCGAAUAACCUGGCGUUUCCCAAGGAUGAUGGGUCCAGUGUCCCAGCAAAGACGACCUGGACACUGUUGCUAUACUUGACGACUUGUGGAGGUGGCGAGACUGUCUUCUAUCCAGACCCGCCGUCCAGAAAAGCAGCGCCCCCUCCACCUGUAGAGGCAAGUCCUGAAGUCGGCCUGGCACUUUUACAUCGCCAUGGCAAAGAGUGCAUGGUCCAUGAGGGACGCGAAGUUACCAAAGGAGAGAAAUGGGUCAUCCGCAGCGAUUUGUGCGUUAAGCGAUGA